AUUUUCCUGAUUUUGGCACAAAUGUCCUAACCGUCCACCAUAACAUGGCUGCUUAAGCAGUGCCCCGCGAUAAAACAUCGCGUGGAAAAAAGAAGAAGGCAAAAAAAAAAAGGAAAAAGGAAACAGAAAAAGAAAAAAAAAGACGGGGAUCACACUUCGGCUUCUUUAACGGUUGGGCAUCGCAAACCUUAGCUAUGGCUUCACAAUGCUCAUUCUCUACACAUGACGCAAGAGAAUCUAUUAGAAAGACCGGCGCUUAUAUUGUGAAAGAUGCACCAACAGGAGAUCGGGUUGUCUGCUUCGGGGAAACGCUACCUUUCAAAACCCCAGAAGGCUUGGAGUUCUGUGCCGAGAAUAGUCUUCUUAAUAAGGACAUACGGGCUGUAGUCGAGUCGAGCGUCAAUCAACCUCGCUGGGGGCUCGCUAAGAUAUACCGUGGCGAUGUACUUCCUUCCGAUCAAGUCUACUUCUUUUUCGAUGGUCCCGAUAUGCAAGUCAUUCUCGUCCUUCUAUGGUCCCCCGGAUCGCAGUUUCUUUUAUUCGAGGGCUCCCACGAACAAGGACUACGGGGUAAAACCAUGUGUGACUUUGGUAUUCUUACAUUAUCUCGUGACCAAAUGAGUAGAGAAGGCAUCACAGAAGUCUUGGUUGAUAUGACAGAAGGUGGAUUUGCACUUAUAGACGGUCGAGUCGGCUGGACAAUUCUUAAAGGACAACAAAUCGCUAUUGGUUAUGCAUCGGAGGCAGAGAUCUGUCACUGGGGAAAGAUGAAACUUGGCGAGUCUGAAAUCCUCAAGCAAAAGGUUGACGAGUUAAAUUCCCGUGGGAUCAAGACAAACUUUAUAUUCGUAAAGGCCUCUAAGAACGGCUCUUGAUAUGCAACCUAUUUACAGAUGAAAAUAACCUACUAAUGCACUGCAUCCUCUUGUACGGGUCAAUAUAGCCCAUCCAUCGGAUUUACAACCAUCGUCAAACUUCGCCGAUAUAGCCGUCCAUCGUACUGGUCUGUCGUGCUCUGAGAACUAGGGA